ACAAAGGGGCUGUAGGUGUGGCCAGUCUGGGCCAGAAGCACAGGUGCCCAGAGUGCAGGCUCCACCAAGCCCCUGCCUGGCCAGGUGUCAACUGAGUGUCCUGGGACUGUAGUGGUGGGGACCAGAGCAGCGGCUUAAGUCCUCACAGUGAACCAGAACCAGCCCUGCUUCCAAGCACAGCCUCCAGGAGCUGGCUGAAGGUGUCCACUUGCAGAGGCAGCAGGGCUCCACCCUGGAAGCACAGCGUUCGUGGCCUGCACCUGUGGCUGCGGAGCUAUGGCCAGACUGUGCCGGGCCCUGCUGCUGUUCAUCACAGUGGCUGUGGCCCUCGAGUGCUGCACAGUGCAAGCCUGGGGUUCCCCGAAGGUGAUACGGCCAUUCCAGGACAUCCCCCCAUCCUACGUGUAUGUGCAGCAGGCCAUCUGGUAUGCCAUGAAGGACUACAACAAGGCCAGCAAGGACAAGUACAGCUUUCGUGUACUGCAGAUUCUAAAGUCCCAGGAGCAGGUCACAGACAGCCUGGAGUACUAUAUUGAAGCCAAAAUUGCCCGAACAAUGUGCAAGAAGGCUACAGGAGAAAAUGAACACUGCUUAUUUCAAAAGGAUCCCAAUAUGAAGAAGGAGAUUUUUUGCACUUUUAUUGUUAGAUCCAGACCAUGGAAAUUUGAGCUAUCCAUGCAGAAGAAGCAAUGCCGAGAUGCCUAGUGGCCUCCCAGCACCUAGCACACACACUUUCCUGUGUGCAAUAAAGGCCUGUGAGACAUCCA